AAUGACCGUUGACUUACAUUUUUAGGCAUAGCCAUUGAAACUUUGGAAGUCACGAUCUUCUCACCAACCAAAGUUUGCCAUUUAUGUAUGAUUAAUUGCAUAUCCUUCUCUAAAUCACAACACAACCAAAACUUACAUUAAUUUCUUCACUCACCAUGGAUUCCACCUCCAGCGAAGUAGCCAUCGAUCUCUCACCCCUUCUCAAACUCUACAAAGACGGUCACGUCGAGAGACUCAUAGGCUGCGACGUCGUUCCGCCGGGUCACGACCCCGCAACAAACGUUGAAUCCAAAGACAUCGUAAUCUCCAAAGACAACGACGUAUCGGCCAGAAUCUAUAUUCCCAAACUCACCGAUCAGACCCAAAAGCUUCCACUUUUCCUUUACUUCCACGGUGGAGGUUUCUGCAUAGAGACACCGUCUUCAUCCACUUACCACAAAUUCCUCAACUCAAUCGUUUCAAAAGCCAACGUAAUCGGCGUCUCUGUUCAUUACCGAAGAGCCCCAGAGCACCCUGUUCCCAUCGCACACGAAGAUUCAUGGACUUCGUUGAAAUGGGUCGCGUCCCAUUUCAACGGAAACGGCCCCGAAGAGUGGCUCAACCGCCACGUGGAUUUCGGGAAAGUGUUUUUCGGUGGGGACAGUGCCGGAGCGAACAUCGCACACCACAUGGCCAUUCGGGUCGGGUCCCACGGACUUCCUGGUGCAGACCCGAUUCAAGGGUCUGAAUUUCUGUUGGAGCGACCCUGUGCGGGUGUGAACUUUAAAGGAAUGGUUUUGGUGCAUCCUUACUUUUGGGGCGUGGAGCGAGUUGGAUCCGAGGCCCGAAAACCCGAGCAUGUUGCCCUUGUGGAGAAUCUGUGGCGUUUUACAUGCCCGACAACGGUUGGAUCCGACGAUCCGUUGAUGAACCCGGAAAAGGAUCCGAAUCUGGGGAAGCUGGCUUGCGAGAGAGUGAUGGUUUUUGUUGCUGAGAAUGAUUUGCUGAAAGAUAGGGGUUGGUAUUACAAGGAAUUGCUCGAGAAGUGUGGGUGGAACGGUGUUGUGGAGGUUAUAGAGGCAAAGGGAGAGGGACACGUGUUUCAUUUGUUGAAUCCAGAUUGUGACAAUGCUGUUUCCUUGCUCGAUCGAGUUGCUUCCUUUAUCAACCAUAGUUAAGGAUACAGUUAUGAGUUUCUAUGUGAUAUGUCUGUUUGCACUUGUUACUUGUUACUUGUUAGUAACAUCCUUCCUUUACUUGAGGUUAUUUAUGAGAAUCUGCACUUUCUGUUUGAUGUAGCGUAUGUCACUCACACUGACUAUGUAUGUUGAGCAAUUCUAGCAUCUGCUUGAAAAUAUGUUCUAUUGAAAACGCUAUAUACAUGGAACGAAACACUCCAAUUAGACCUUC